UAUUUCGCCUGAAAACAGCACUGAUUUCCUGUCAUCUCACAAACCGUGUACUGUCCCUUUAACAAAGGGGGCCGCGCAGUCGGAGCUUCAAGCUUUUACAGGCUGAAGCUCCGCUCACUCAGGAUCCAUUCAUAAAUAAGACAUCGUGUGGAAAGGAAGCUCAUAUAGGAGCAUCUGAUUUUUCUUCCAGCGGGACCGGAUGCGAGGGGCGAGCAGGAACCAGACAUGCUCACCUCGGUCGGGGACUGCGAAUCGGGGGCACGGCUGGGAGAGCAGAAGUGACUUCCCAUGGCUGACCCCUUCAUGUGCGAGCCGUCAGGAGGCAGCCUGAUCCAGCCCAGAGCAGUUCACGUACCCCUUAAAAUGCGCCUUUUCUCGUACGGGUUGGUGUUUUCUACGUGCUUCCGCUCAACACAAGUCAUCCUGAUUUAAAGAAUCAGCCGAUUCCUUCCUGCCCCCCUUUUUUUGAUAAAUGAAAACACACCAGAGGAGCCGAGGACCUGACAUACCGAUGGAGCAGUGAGUUAUGGCAGCUAAAGAGGACUUGUAUGCCAAAGUGACCCCGCGGAGGCAGCGCCAGAACCGGCCGAGCACGGUCAAACAUGGGUCCACUCUGGACGUGCUGCUGUCCAUGGGCUUCCCCAAGACCAGGGCCUUGAAAGCUCUGGUUUCAACAGGAGGCAAAAAUGUCCAGGCAGCUUGUGACUGGCUCUUCUCCCAUGUGGAUGACCCUUUCCUAGAUGACCCCCUGCCACGAGAAUAUGUUUUAUAUCUGCGGCCCAGUGGUCCACUGCUCCAGCAGCUCUCACACUUCUGGCAGCAGUCCCGCCUCUCCUGUGGCAAGAACAAGGCGCACAACAUCUUCCCCCACAUCACCCUCUGCCAGUUCUUCAUGUGUGCCGAUGGGAAGGUGGAGGCUCUGUGCGAUGCUCUUCAGUCCACCGUGGCCAAAUGGAAGGGUCGCAUACCCAUGCCCCUCCCCCUGGAGCUGUACACCUCCUCAACCUUUAUUGGCCUCUUUGUGGAGGAGCAGGUGGCGGAGGUGCUGAAGAGUUUUGCAGCUGAUUUUGCCACCGAAGCGGCGGCUAAAGCAGAUGUUCAUGUUGAACCCCAUAGGAAACAACUUCAUGUCACUUUGGCGUACCACUUCCAAACCAGUCACCUUCCAGUUUUGGAGAAGUUAGCCAAAAACGUGGAUGUGUCUUCGGGUUGUGACUGGCUGUCUGUGCUCUUCUCCCGGGAUAUUCGGUUUGCUAACCACGAGACGCUGCAAGUCAUGUACCCGUACGUGCCUCAGAAUGAUGAUGAGCUCGAGCUGGUGACGGGAGACUUUAUCUUCAUGUCUCCUGUGGAACAGAGCACCGCCAGCGAGGGCUGGGUGUACGGCACCUCCCUGGGCACGGGGCUGUCCGGCCUGCUGCCUGAGAACUACGUCAACCGUGCUGAUGAGUCCGACACCUGGGUCGUCCAUGGGUCUCACUCCAUCCUGAACUGUGCCUCUCCAUCUAACUCUGGCAGCACUGUGGGUGGGUUAUUAUUUGAUGGACAGCUCAAUGACAGUCUACUUGACAGUCUUGUGGAUUCUCCCAGCCUCACCGGCCUCUGUCCUCCUAUACAGGUGUCGAGGCCAGCUAGUCAGUCCUCCCUGUCGAAGAUGAGACUGUUUGUGUGUCGCCAUGGGGAGAGGAUGGAUGUGGUGUUUGGGAAACACUGGGUCACUCAGUGCUUUGACUCCAAAGGCCGAUACAUUCGCUCUAAUCUCAACAUGCCACCCAGCCUGCCAGCCAGAAGUGGAGGUCACCGGGACUAUGAUAAAGAUUGUCCAAUUACUGUGUUUGGCUCCACCCAGGCUCGUCUUGUAGGUGAAGCCCUGUUGGACAGCCACACAAAAAUAGACUUUGUUUACUGCUCACCUUCUCUUCGCUGCGUCCAGACUGCUCAGCACAUCCUGCAGGGUCUCCAGCAGGAGGGAAAGACAAAAAUCCGAGUGGAGCCUGGGUUGUUUGAAUGGACCAAGUGGGUUUCAGGCACAUGUUUGCCCACCUGGAUCCCUCCAGCUGACCUGGCCACUGCUAACCUGAGUGUGGACACAACAUACAGACCUCAUAUUCCCAUAAGUAAGUUGACGGUGUCAGAGUCUUAUGACACCUACAUCAGCAGGAGCUUCCAAGUGACCCGAGAGAUCCUGGCAGAGAACAAGAACUUGGGAAACACAGUCCUGAUUGUGGCCCAUGCCUCUUCCCUGGAGGCCUGCACUCGCCAGAUACAAGGCCUGAGCCCUCAAAACUCCAAGGACUUUGUCCAAGUCGUCCGAAAGAUUCCUUAUUUGGGUUUUUGUGCUUGUGAAGAAAUGGGAGAGACCGGGGUGUGGCAGCUGGUCGACCCCCCCAUCUUGCCUCUGACUCAUGGACCCAAUCACAGUUUCAACUGGAGGGAAAUGCUAAUGCAAGACUGAAGGAUAUGCUGUUUGGCUCUGUAUCUUUUGGCUUCCCUGAACUGCUGAAAAAGUAUUUAUUUUUAACCCACACUGCUAUAAAUCCAGCCCAACUAAAAAAAAAAAAAAGAAAAUGAAAGAAAGAAAGAAAGAAAAAAAAGUCUGGCUUCCGACAAAGACAUCAUGCAAAAAAAGUAUGCAUUCACUGAGGCAUGUGUUUAGAUGUACUGCUCAGGAAAGAGAAAAUACAGUUUGUGUGGGGAUCAAAGCAAAAAUGAGAUUGGGCAGGAAGUUUGUCACAUUUCCCUCAACAUUCCACUUCGUAGCCCAAAAAUGUGGAGGUGCUACGAGAAAUCAGGAUAUUUCUUGACGGUUUCUGAUGAAUCAGGUUUUAAUGCCAUGAGAAGGUGUGUCAUUAAGCUCCGUCUGUGGCUCCUCCUCAGGCGUGGCGGUGAAGACUUUGUGUUCAGCUGCCUUCUCGCACACUGUGACAAGAAUUAGAUGAAGAAGACUCGUACCACAGAAAUAUUUUUCCAUGUGUCAGAAGUUAUUAUUUAACUUGUAGCUAUGACCCUCCUGCGAGAAAAGCACAAAAGAAAUGUUGACAAUCAGACAAGGGAGAACUGAUCUUCAUUAUUUCUGGUGCCGUGGUGGGUAGUUAAUUACACCUGUUUUAUUCCUGUAAAUGUCAUAUCAUUAAGUGAUUCUUCUAAGUUAAUGUUUAUGUGCCCACAUGAAUCCUUCAAGCUUCCUGCGAGGCCAUGAUCCACAGGCAUUAUGUGGAAGCAAUUCAGUUUUGAUUACCACCACAGGAGCAACCAAGUCAGUAUGAUGAAAGAAAAUUAAUAUAGUGAAAAUGAGACUGCUGAUGGGUUGUUAAUUUUGUUCAGGUGCAUUGACUAAAACUUUUGCUUGUCUAUCAUGACCUUGACACUCUCUGUAAGCCUGAUAACCACACUGCUUUUCAAACACUUGUUACAUUUCUAUUUUCUUUUUAAAUUUUGGUUAUGUCAGAUGAUUUAAGUGCUUACUACCUAUACUAUUUGUUGUAUGACUCAGAAAAUCUAUCGAUACUCUCAAAAAGGAAUAAAGCAAAGUUGUGGAGUUAUGUAGGCUUA